AUGAGCGACGAGGCCCAGGUUAAGCUAAGGUUUUUCACACGUGAGGAGGAUGAGUCUUUGAAGGUUGAUGACACGACGCUUUACGCGCCAGUGUCCCUGAAGAGAUAUGGGUUAUCGGAGAUUGUCAACCACCUACUGGGAUUAGAAAAGACAGUUCCGUUUGAUUUUCUGAUUGAUGGUGAAUUGCUCCGCACAUCCCUCGACGACUACUUGGUAAAGAAGGGACUUUCUUCGGAAACCUGCUUGAAUGUCGAGUAUACGCGCGCCGUACUCCCACCGUCAUACUUGAGCAGCUUUAAUAACGACGAUUGGGUAAGUGCCCUGGAUGUGGGUGGAUCCAAGAUCAUUAGCGGGUCGUACGAUGGUGUAGUGCGCACUUGGAACCUAUCUGGUAAGAUCGAAAAGCAAUACAGUGGACACUCCGGUCCAGUCCGUGCUGUAAAAUUCAUUUCCAACACAAGAUUAGUUUCUGGUGCCAACGAUCGCACGUUACGUCUCUGGAAGACCAAGAACGACGACUUGAAAAAUAAUCUGGAUGCUGAAGAGGACGAUGUCGAAGAUGGUAAGACUUUAGCCAUCUUAGACGGCCAUAAAGCUCCCGUGGUUGCUUUGGAUGUUAGCAGUGAUAGAAUUUUAUCCGGUUCUUCCGACAAAACUAUAGGGUUCUGGUCCACAAACUACAAGGAAAUGAUGACAGUGGAUCCAAUGGAAAGUUUGAGUUCGAAUGUUUCAAGUGCUGCCAAGAAGAGAAGAAAGCUAACCUUAAAGGAUGGCUCCAUCAGAAGACGUGCUCCUCUAGCACUAAUGGAAUCCCACAGUGCCCCCGUGGAAGCUGUUAUAUUUGAUUCUCGUGAUUCCACGGUAGGAUAUUCGGUUUCUCAAGAUCAUACCAUCAAAACUUGGGAUUUGGUCACGUCUCGCUGCAUUGAUACCAAAACCACUUCGUACUCUUUGCUAUCCUUGACUCAGAUGACAAAACUUAAUCUUUUGGCCUGCGGCUCCAGUGCUAGACACAUCACCCUGCAUGAUCCACGUAUUGGCUCAUCAGCUAAAAUUACACAGCAACAAUUGAUCGGACACAAGAAUUUCGUCGUUUCCCUUGAUACAUGUCCUGAAAAUGAAUAUAUGCUAUGUUCGGGGUCUCAUGAUGGUACAGUUAAAAUAUGGGAUGUCAGAUCCAACACUGCUAUGUAUACAAUCACCAGAGAAGAUGAAAGUGUCGUUAAAGGUGUAAACGACAAAGUGUUUGCCGUUAGGUGGGCCAAGGGCGUCGGCAUCCUAAGUGGUGGUCAAGACAAGAAAAUUCAAAUCAAUAAAGGUGACGACAUCUUCAAGAAAUAG